AUGUCCUACUCCAACGAGUCCUGCGGCAUCAGCUGCCCCCAGCCCAUCGCCGAGAGCUCCAAUGAGCCGUGUGUGCAGCAGUGUCCUGACUCCAGAGCCCUGAUCCUGCCCCCGCCGGUGGUGGUGACCAUCCCGGGCCCUGUGCUCAGCACCUUCCCCCAGGAGAGCGUUGUGGGAUCGUCGGGCCCAGCCUUGCCGGGGCGUUCCUUCAGUUCCCGCAGCUCCCAGGGCUACGGGGGCUCCUUUGGGCUGGGAGGUUCAGGGGGUUAUGGGGGUUAUGGGAGCUCCCUUGGCUAUGGGGGCUAUGGGGGCUCCCGGGGCUAUGGGGGUUUCUCAGGCUAUGGGGGCUCCCUCGGGGGCUAUGGGGGCUCCCGGGGCUAUGGGGGCUCCUUUGGCCUGGGAAGCUGUGGGGGCUAUGGGGGCUGGGGUUAUGGGGGCUCCCUCGGGGGCUAUGGGGGCUCCCUUGGGGGCUAUGGAGGCUCCUUUGGCAAUUGCGGGAGGUCCUACAGCUCCGGCUUCUCCUCACGGGGCCUGGGCUAUUCCCUGCCUGGCUCCCAGAGAUGGAGCAGGUCCCGCCGCGGGAGCUGUGGGGUUUUCUAA